AUGUCAGACUCUGAGUCGGACGGCUACAGUGCUUUCGACUUUUCCGAAUUCACCCCAGAAGACUUUGCUCAAAUCGAUGCCCAAGUUCAACAACAUUUCACCCAGACGGUUGUUAUUCUGGAGGACGAUGAUUCAGAGAGCGAGCGUGGAGAGUGUCCGGACGGUACGCGGGGACAGUCAGGAGAUGAAUCGUUCCAAUUUGAUAAAGAAAAUGUGGUGAACCUUUCUCAGAUUACUGAGGAAGAGUUCUUAGAAAUUGAUAGACUCGUCUCGAGGGCCCUUGCGACCAGUUCUUCAACUGCCUCUAUUUCAAUUGGAUCAACAGAAGUCAGCACACCACAGACUGGUCAACAGUCGGAAGAAACGUCGACAGAUGGCGAUAUAGAAGUCGUCGUCCCCGCGGUACCCGCUGUGGUCACGGCUGGUCCUUCACGAGCGCGAACCACAGCCAGAAGCAAGAACUCCCAUGAUGAACCAUCCAAACCACGGACCUGGCGCUACCGAGGUAAACAGAGGAAAGAUGCAUCUCUUAUGGACCUGUUCCGCACAAAGCGCAUCUUAUCUGUGACCGACUUGGUUGGACCAACGUGGUGCGAAGUUCAAUACGAUUAUGGCCUCCGUCAGAGGAGAUCUCGGCCAAUAAAAGAUAGACCAACUUCCUUCAAGUCAGCAACAGGGAAAGAGAUCAAAGUCGAAGCCAAAGUCGCAGAGAAGAACGAUGUCCGGACGAAACAGGGCCAAGCGGUACAUAAGGAACUGGAACGCGAAGUCAAGGCGGAGGAGUUGAAGGUUGAUGUCACCUCGGAGGAAGAACGAUGGGCAUUGAGGCUCUUGAACGCCAUUGUGUGUUUCCAGAUCAUGCAGAGAGAAGGCUACACCCGCGAAGUACCUGUAUUCGGUCUUGUCAACGACGAGAUAGUGACCGGUAUUGUGGAUGAAGUGCAACGGACACCAUGUUCCAAAAGACGACCAUCUGUGUCCCCUUCGAUGGAACAGACUCGCAAGAAGCUCCGGCGUUCAAGAUCUCCUGAAAUCGAUGCCAACGGUCACGCAGCGCGCAGCUCCUCCUCUAGCCCAGAUUCAAACACAACCUCGGCAUCAAAGGGCAAAGGAAAGGCCAGGGAACUUUCCCAAUGCCCAAAAGGUCGCUACACACUUCGCAUUGUAGAUACGAAGACCAGGACAGUCGACCGGCUUCCCCCAGAAGAAGACAUUUAUUCAUCCCGCCUUCAAGUCAUGCUCUACCGCCGUCUCCUCCUUUCUCUUAUGUCUCUCUCCAGCCCCUUCGACUUUGAUUAUUUCUGGGACAAGGUAGGGGUGGACCCAACCGAGCAGUUCUCCACACGGUUCCUUGUCCAGUCCGGGCUCGUGCUCAGCGAUGAUGGGUUCAAACAGACGACCCUGAACGGGUUAGUUAAAGAGUGGAAAUCGCUGAUCAAGGAGAGUGGGAUCAUUGGCAUCGAAACGGAGUUGGAGCUGGUGUACAGGCUGCAGCCCAAAGGUGCCAAGUGGAAAGGGAAGGGCAGAAUGCAGGUCCCUGUGCCGACUUUAGCGACUUCACCAACGCUAAUAUCGAGUAUCGAAGAACGUGAGCGAGAAGACAGAGAGCUAGCGCUGGCUAUAGCUGCUAGCCUCGCAGAUGCGGGCCUUCCCAGUGCUACUGUUGAGGUGGAGAACCCCAAGGCCAGCUCGAGCGUUCUCAAGGGCGAACCCACUGUAAUCGUCGAUGAAGGAGUGGACCCGGAACUUCAACAGGCGCUUUAUCAGUCGUUCAAGCCUCCAGCGUCGGAUACCUACGCUUACACGACAGUGCUCCCAACAGGCUCAACAGAAGCAAGUGCAGUUACUCUCGUUGAUACUAGCAUCCACAGCUUCAAAAUUGUUGGGACAAAACUAGUCAACUACGACGAGGAGCUGCUUCAAGGGCACCUCGAUGCCGUUCUGGAAUUUUGGAAGGGAAAACGAAAGCCACAAGGUGUUCCGGCUUCAUUGGCUAGACGCUGCGAGUGA